UCUGAGCAUUGUUUAAUCAAGUAUGAUGGAUCUCUCUGGCUGCAUGACUACUUUAAUGUCAUUCCUCCAUCUAAACUUCUCAUAUUUUCUUUUCUCACAGGGUGAAGAUGGAGGAUCUAGUUCGUCAGAUGAAGCUCAGCGGGCGGCGGCUCACAACCGCAUGGCUUCCACCAGCCUGAUCCACGAGACCGACCUGGCGGUGUCCAUCAACGACCUGGAGCACCUCUUCAAUUCAGACGAGGAUGAACUGGCGCCUGGCUCCAGGCGAACGGUGAAUGGAACCGAUGAUAAAUUUGGCAGCAAGGAAUCUAAGUCCUCCACUCUGGACCCCGUGUCCUGCAUUAGUUCAGCAGACAUGCACCAGAUGUUUCCCACACCCCCCUCCCUCGAGCAGCACAUCAUGGGCUACUCACCCAUGAACAUGUGCAGCAAGGAGUACGGCAGCAUGGAGGCCAACAUGGGCAUGACCUCGCUGGACGGCACCUCGUCUCUGGGACACUUCAAGAUCGAGGUGGAAGAGAGCUACUGCAGUCCCAAGCCAUCUGAGAUCACGGACUAUUCAUUCGUUUACAAGCCUGAGCUGUGCCAGUCGUUCGUAGGCUGCUCCAUGUUCGCUCCUCUGAAGAUGUUACCUAGCCAGUGUCUCCCACCUAUCAAAAUCCCAGAGGACUGCAUCUACAGACUGAGCUGGAGGGAGAUGCUCAACCCCGUCAUGCCUGUCAUGAGCUUCCUCAACAAGGACAGCUGA